AUGGCUAAUGCGCUCAAUGAUCGUCUAUUUAAACGAUUUUCUGAAUUAAGUCGACUUGCGACUAAUAGCGAAUGUAUCGAUCAAUUAAUGGAUUUAUUGCGUAUGCAAAAUUCAAUGGACGAAAUAUUGACUCUUAUAAGUCAAGCAACAUCACCACAAGUGCAUGCACGUUUAGCAGAACUUCUACAUACUUUAUUAAACACUUGCUAUCAAGAAUUUUUACGUAAUCAAGAUAAGCGUGAGUAUGUUGAAAAAUUUCAAGUACACACAAAAAAACUAUUGGAUAUAUCGUUGGAGUUACUAUCAAGUGAUAUGGCUAAUAUGCAAUAUUUAGCAUUGAUAACAAUAAAUCGCUUGUAUGAUGUAUAUGUAUAUCAUAAUUUAAUCAAUCCUGGUCGUUAUAAUGCAUGCUAUAUACCACCAGCAAGAAGACAAUUAACUUUAAAUUCAAUGAUUAAUACAAAUUCUUCAACAUCAAAUGUAAAUUUUACAGAAGAAACUAAAUAUGGCAAUGAUCGUUUACCGAAAACAUCAACACUAUCAAGUAUUUUACGAAAAAUUUCCCGUGAAACAGAUGAAAAACGAGCAGCAGCAGCUGCGGCAACUGGAGGAGGUGGUAAUAGUAGUGCUUAUUCAAAUUCCAAAUUAUCAUCAAAUACAACACAACAGACUUCUGGACCAGGACCAGGUGGCGGCGGCGGCGGUGGUGGUGGUUCGAGUGGAAAUACGGGACUUUUAACACGUGAAGCAUCAAAACGAUGGAUUCCAUUAUAUAGUAAUGAUAAUAUUGCUCCAACAUCUUCUUCUCUUGGUUCCCUUCCGCCAUCAUCGCCAAACAUAUCAUCAGCACAAGGAACAAAAGUAUCAUCAACUGACUUAACAAAUCCUCAAAUUUCAUCAUCAAAUUUGUCAAAAUCACAUUUACUUAAUUCAGAAAAUUUAACAGAUAAUUCUUCAUCUCCAUUAUCAAAUGAUAAUUCGAAUACUGUUUAUACAUAUGAACCAUUCUCACUUUUAUAUCAAAUCGAACCAAUACAUAUUUUACGUUUAAUGCGUACACGUUUAGAUGCACAUAGGCGAGAAUUUAAUAAUCGACCUAAAUGUGUACCAUCAACACGUUCACCAUUGUGUACACAUCAUUGUGUUGUUAUAUUAGCUGCACGUUUAUUAACAAUACUUUGUCAAGAUCAUACAUUUCAAAUGAGGUUUAUUGGUACAAAAGAAAAUUUAGCUAUUACUAUUGAUAUGCUGAAUAUUAAUAAUGAUCCGCAUUUAAUUUGUUUGAUUUUACAAACAUUGGGUGUUGUGACAUUAAAUCCGGAUUCACACGAAGUAUUAACCCAAGCAGAUAUACCCGAUACAGUUUUACAUUUAAUCUUACCAGCUGAUGAAAUGUUUUAUACCAAUCAAACAACGAAAUUUGCUCGCUAUGUCAAACAUCUUGGUGCAAGAAUUCUUAUUUAUAUGGGUCUACUUACGAAAGUCAGCAACAAGGUUAAUCUAUUUGAUAUACUUGAUGUUGAACCAGAACCACUUGAUUGUGAUAAACCACAAUCAUUUGAAAAUAAUUUUGUUCAUCAUAUGGCUGUUGGUGAAACUGUUGUUGGAACAUUAUGGACAUCGUUUGCUGGAGUUUGUAUUGAAAAAUUACUUGAUGAAUUACUUAAAGAUGGAAUCAAUCCAAAAAAAUCUAUACCAAAAGAAUGCUCAGAACCACCGCAAUUAGCAACAAGUCCAACAUCAUCGUCAGCCGCAGCUAUGAUGAAUUCAAGUGAUAGUCUUCUUUAUAAUCUUUCAUAUUUAUCAUCUGUGAUACAUCCUGUUAUCAUACUUCGUUUACUUGAACAUCGUUUGUUUACGCCCUUGUUUAAAAAAAAACUAGUUCCUAAUAAUCCAGUAUCAUCAUCAAGUUCUCAACAAGGAAAUGACAACAAAGCAUCAUUACCAUCUAUAUCACCAAUUGUAGGUGCAUCUGCUCUUGCAUCUGUACCAACAUUACCUAAACUAGAUUCAUUUAAACGACAGCGAAAUUCAUUAACAAAAGAAGCACCUUCGUCAACAACAAAUGAUCGUUCAUCAUUAUUAACAAAAUUUACACAGUCAACGUAUGAUAAACAUCGAAAAGCAUUAAAAACGACAGGACAAAAUACGUCUACAACCGGUACAACGUCGGUCAAUUCUCAAACAUCAGCGAAUAGUAGUCAACCAUUAACAUCAGUAACGUUUAGUGCGACAAAUACGAAUGACUUAUCAUUAUUAGCGUCAGGGCUAUCAUCUUCAUCGUCAACAGCAGCAGCAACACCGGCAACAGUCAAUAAUUCAAGUCAAUUAAGUACAUCACGUAAAUGGUUUUGGAGAAAUUCGGAUAAAAAUGUACAAUCAAAUAUAACUAAUGAUCGUAAUCCAUUACUAAAAGCUAUUAUUGAAACGGAUUCAUCAGCAUCCAAAAGUAAUAAUCAAUCAGGCACGAAUUCAACAGCAAACGUUGCUGGAGUUGGAGAAAUGAAAUUAUUAGAAAAAGAAUUAUUAAAUUUACCAUCGUUUCAAUUAAGUGAUUCACAAAAUCCAUUAUUACCAAGUCCAACUUGCUUAAGUUAUGAUUUUCCGACACAAUUCGAUCAUGCUAAUUCUACAUCAAAUAUUAAUAUAAAUCGACAAUAUUCAUCAUCGAGUUCAUCAUCAAAUAUUAAACUACACCAAGCAAAUAAUUUAACAAAAGGUACAUAUAAAUCAAAGAACAACGAUUAUGAUUCUGUAUCAUCUGUAGCAGAACACGGUGCUACUAAUAGUCUCUUGGCAACCUUGAAUAUUCCAUUUGCUGCUGUACGCACCCCAUCUGAUGAAAGUAAUCAUUCGUCAAGUCAUGCUAGUAGUCCAUCACGAAAUAUGUCAUCAUCGAACAAUCGUCAACAACGUUCACUAUCAAAUACACGUAUGUCCGUACGAGGAACAGUUAAGAAUCUAUUUCGUUCAUCGAAAACCGUUGACAAUAUGUCAAAUCACACAGCAAGUGUAAAUAAUCGAUCAACAAAUUUUUCUGUAUGCAGUCAAGCUUUAUCGAAACUAAAAUCUGCACCACCACUUAUGAACAAUCAACUAUCACAUUCACAACCUAUUGUGACAGAAUCAUUAAUGCAUGAUAAUAAUCAUUUUGAACCAUCAUUAAUUAGUCAUUCUGAGCAAACUCCAUUGAUUGAUCGUCGAAAUGAAUCUAAAUAUCAUAAUCAUAUGAAAACUUCAUUUGGCAGUACAAGUAACAAUAAUAACAACAACAACAAUAAUAAUAAUAAUAAUAAUAAUAAUAACGAUAGUUAUAAUAACGAUGAAGACGUACGUUUAAAUCGCCAAGGAUUACACUUACCACUUGAAACAGAUGGUUUACAUCGUAGUCGUUCAUGUGCCGAUGGUAUUAAAAUGCCUACAACUAAUCAAGAAACAAAUUUAUUAAAUGGAACAUCAAUAAUACCAACAAUUAUAUCAAAUCUUCAACCAAAUUUGAGUGAUGCUGUAUCAUCGCGUUCGACUGAUAGUACAACAUCUUUACUUUCAGCCUAUUUAUCACCUCAACAACCUACUGUUUCACAAUUAUCAGCAAUAAUACAAAUAAAUGGCAAUGAAACAAAUGAUAUGACUAAAUCGCAAGAAUCCCUUUUUAGUUGUUCAUCACCUGUACAUAAGCAACGUUCAUUUAAAUCACUUAUUAUGGCUGCAACUACACAAGAUACAGCCACAAAACAAGGCAAUGAAGUGUUAAUACUGAUUGCUAGUUGGGUAUUAAGAUCACCUGAAGAUUUUCAAGAUUAUCUUGUACAAAAAGAAUUAAAAAGCUUUUUUGCUUUACUUGAAUCAUUACGUAGUUCAUUUCGUAGUUGGACAAGCCAAAUCAAAGAAAUACUUGCACUUCAGGAUGUCGAAUCACCAUUAGGUACAGAAACAGAUGAUCCUAAUAAUGAAGAUAUUGUUCGAGAAUACAUUAAAAUGCAACGAGAUAUUGUUGCUGGACGUUUAAUUUGUUCAAAAGAAGAAGCAGCUACUCUAGCUGCUGUACAAUUACGUUUGGAAGCAUGGCCAGAAGAAAAUCUUGAACUUGCUGAAGAAGAUGAAUUACAUACAUUAAAUCUUACCUUAAAUGAGCAAACCUCACCAUCAGCAUUAACUACUACAAGCGGUGUUUCUGGUUUGCAAUCAAUGACAUCAUCAUGGCGUGAUCGACAUCGUCGCAAUAUAGUGAAAUUUCGUUUAACUGAUAUACCUUGUUGUAAACGUGCCGAUCCAAGUAUACAUCAAUCGAAGAAACCAUUUCUUCCGCCGGAUUUUCGUAAUAGUAAUGAAAUUCUUAAAUUAAUUAAAGACAAACAAAGAAAACUGUUUCAUAUUAAUGAUUACGAUAAUCCAACACGUUUAAAAGAAUGCUAUGUACGUUUAUGUCGAAAUUUGCCUGGUUACAAUGCAGAAAUAUACGCUGUUAAAGAAAUUCAUGGCAAACGAUCAAAACGAAAAGGCAAUCAACUACUAUGUAUUCGUUCUGAUAAAAUAUGCUUGUUAGAUAUGAAAACACGUAUCAUAUACAAAGAACAGCGUAUUGCUGAUCUUGAACAUUGGAUAACAAGUGGACAUCAUUUAAGUGCUGGUACAAAUGAUCUUGUUUUAGAAUUUCGUAAUAAAACAAAAUGGCGUUUACAAUUAAAUACAACAGCUGAUCUACGUGCUAUAACUGUUUAUCUAUGGAAAAUUGUUAAUGUUGAAGGCUACGCACUAUUUGAUAAACAGGUUCCAUUGAAUAUGACAAUGCGUCGUUAUUCUCAAUCGCAUCAAACAGGACGUCGUAUGACACUUGUACCAACAACAACACCGAUAACAAGUUCAAAUAAAAAUCCAUAUCAAACAAUAGCUGACAUGUAUAAAGGUUCAAAAAAAAAUCAAACAGAUCAUCAUAUAGCUACAGGAACAGAUCAUAUACAAAAUUUAACACGUGCGAUGCACAAUAAUCGUUCCACAACACUUUCUGGAUUAAUGAUCAAUCCAUCGUACAUUCAUCCAUCAGAUCAUACACAACCAAUAUGUUUUUCAUCGGACCUAGAAGAAUUAAAAUAUUUAUUUGAUUUUCCUGAAGAAGUUGCAAUGCGUUUAACAGAUGUCGAACAUGAAAUAUUUCUAAGUGUACCACCAUUACAAUAUUUAAGACAUUUAACACUGGAUAUGUCAUUUUUACCAACAAAUGAUGCAUCAAUACAAGGAAAAAGUAUUCGGGUUCUUGUACAACGUUUUCAAGCGGUUGGUUCAUUUAUUCAACAAUUAAUUGUUUCACAAACUAGUUUUCAAGAACGUAAAGCUAUGGUUUCAUCUAUAGUUCGAUGUGCAAUUACUUGUUGGUAUAUGGGCAAUUUCAAUACUGCUAUGCAAAUAUUAGCAGGACUAAAAAUUGAAGCUUUUCGUCCAUUAUGGCUAACAAUUACUGAUGAAAUUCCUGGCUUUAAGUUUCUUACUGAUGCAUUUAAUUCAAAUGAAAAGACAGCUCAAUAUUGUGAUGCUGUUAGUCGAGCAUUAGAUAUUCCGACAUGUAAGGUUGUACCAUUUUUUGGUACAUUUCUCAAAGAUCUUCGUUCGAUCCUGAGCAGCGUACCAAGUAUUGUUGUUUUAUGCAACCGUAAUACACAAAAGCCAAUUGAAGCUGUUGCUGAUUGUCAAAAUCAAGAACAUUUUUUAACACGCAUUGGUGUUGGUGGUUUAAUAAAUACACGGAAAAUCGAACUUGUUCAUAUGGUUUUAAAAGAUGUUGCAAUGUUUCAUAAUCGCCAUCGUCGCCAACCAUUAUUGAAAUGUUGUAAUGAUUUCAAUCGUAUGAAAUUACCUUCACAAACAAUAGUACCAGAAAUGAAAGAAAAACAUUCGGCUACCGUUUGCGUACCAUCCGGUGAUAAUCUAACUCAAAAAGUACCGAAAUCAAAAUAUAGUCGUCAUCAAUCAUUUCCAUGUGCGUCAACAACAGGAACGAAUUAUGAUGCAUGCCGUACGGCGAGCAUUGCUAUUCAAGUUAUCGGUGAUAAUGAAACAUCUAACAUGCAAAAUGAGAGCACCAAUUCAGUAUUACCAUAUCGUUCGACACUUGAUAUUCAUGAACCAGAAACAUUUUACUGUUUAAAUGUAUCAUUUUAUCAACCGAUAACACAACCGAAACAUAAUCAUGAAGUAUCACUGUUAUCUAUGCAUCAUAUUAUUGAUUUUAAUAAUUUACAAAUGCUUCGAAAUGGUACAACAUUAAUUCUUUAUGAUGAAGAUACUAUGCAUACAUGUUUAGUUACCGUGCGUCUUGAACUUGAUAAUUGUACAUUAACUUGGACCAAACCAUCUUGGGAUACUCAUCGAAGUAUUGAGAAUGUAAACACAGCUAAUCAAGUGUCAACUGAAGCAGCACAUUAUUCAAUUUUAAUGAAACGUUAUAUAUUACGAGAUGUAGCAUCUGUUGAUAUGGACGAAGGUUUUCUUCAAUUAAAAUAUGUUAAGCAUAUUCGAAGUGGUAUUCUUCAUUGUGAUCUUCUUCCAGUAAUAAAACGUUAUAAAUUAAAUGAUAUAUCAAAUCCAGAAAAUUGUUUUACAAUUGUUUAUGGUGCAACGAUUAGUGAAAACAAGUCUCUUUGCUUCGUCAGCCCAAAGUAUUGUUCACAAAUUUGGUAUUCGAGUAUAGAUAAAUUAGUAACACAAUAUCGUAAACAUCGUUUAUGUUCGGAUCGACGUAUCGUUUGGCUUAAAAAUCAAUAUCUAUCACUAUAUCAUGAGAAUGAACGCUUUCAAGGACCAGCACCAAUGAAUGCCGUACUUGUAUUCGGUGGAAGACAAUGGAAUUCAAGUUCUUUAUUUUCAUAUGAACGUGAUCAUCCGUCGUCGAAGAAAACUGGCAGUGUUAUGAAAUCAUGGUCAAAUUUAGGAUUGAGAAAACGCAAUAAAUAUGAACAGGAUCGUAAAGCAAGUUUUUCAACGGAAUCUGAUCCAACAACAACACCCAAAUGGCAACUACAUAAUUCAACAUUAGCUUUACGUAAUAAAUCGAAAACACUUGAUUAUAAAACAAAAUCAAAUCUUGUUUCACAAACUGUUAAAUCUCCACGUUCAUUAACACAUCAUCAAACUAAUUGUAAACAACGUUCUGGUAUAACUAAUCAUCCAUCAACACAUCGUACAACAACAGCAACAACAAAUACAUUAAAUAAUUUAAUUAAUGCCAAACGUUUAAGUAGUCGUUUGAAUUCAACAAGUACAAAUAAUCAAGCUCCAGAUUCUUCAUCGCCGUGGAUUAUAAAUGAAACAUAUAUGGAUUUUCCUGAAUUUGUUGAAUUAUUUAAAUCAUUCUAUUUCCAUUGUCGACGAGAUUUAAAAGAUCUAUUUGAUAAAUUCGCAUCAGAAAUUAAUCUUGAACAAGAUUACACUAUUAAAGAACAAUAUAAGAAUGAAUCAUUAGAUAUUUUAAGACAUUUAACUGGUUUAAUAACAAGAAAUAUAGUUGAUGAUAUAACUGAUGCAAGUAUACGUCGAAUAUAUGAUAUGAUUGCAAUAUCAUCUAUACCUUGUUAUGCAAUAAGUACACAUACGCGCGGAAACUAUCUUAUCACAAAAGAACAAUUUCGAGAUUUUCUAAUUGACCAUCAACGAGAAGAUAAAAGUUCUUAUGAAAUUGAACAAAUUAUUUAUCGUCACGAGCCUAAUCGACAAAAUCGUUUGAACAAAGUUCUUUCAUUCGAAGGUUUCUCACGAUUUUUAUUAGAUAAAGAAAAUUAUGCUUUUGUUAAUGAACAUACCAAAGCUAAUGAACAGGAAAUGGAUUAUCCAUUAUCAUACUAUUUUGUUGCAUCAUCACAUAAUACAUAUCUAACUGGACAUCAAUUACGUGGUGAAUCAUCCGUCGAAAUGUAUCGUGAAGUUCUUUUAUCUGGUUGUCGUUGUGUUGAACUUGAUUGUUGGGAUGGUGAUGAUGGUUAUCCAGUUAUAUAUCAUGGUCGAACAUUUGUUAGUAAAAUAUCAUUCAAACUUGUUGUUGAAGUUAUUAAUGAAAGUGCUUUUUUAACAUCGCCAUAUCCCGUUAUAUUAUCGAUUGAAAAUCGUUGUUCAUUAAUGCAACAAGCACGCAUGGCACAGAUAUUUGUAAAAGUAUUUGGUGAUAAAUUAAUAACAAAAUAUAUGUUUGAAGCGGAUUUUUUUGAAGAUCCAUUAUUACCAUCACCAAAUCAAUUGAAAUAUAAAAUUUUAAUUAAGAAUAAAAAAAUCAAUAAAAUGCAUUCAACAACACAAUUAAGCAAACAGAAGGUACAACUGAGUGUUAAUUAUAGAAAUUCAGUGUAUUCAUCGCCCGAUGAUAAUGAAGAAGAUGACGAUUCUGAUGAUGAUGAACUUAUUGAUGACUAUAAUGAUGAGCAAGUAGUAAGUGGAGAAUCUCAACGUUCAAAUUCAAUGACAGAUUCACCUAUGUAUAAUUUGAAAAAAUCUAAUCCUGCUGGAAACGGUGAUCAAGAUGGAGAUGAUGAUUUAAGAUCAUAUCAACAACGUCGAUAUAGUAUUUUAAAUAGUGAACCACGGCAACGUCUAAAAAGUAGUAGUUCAAUUGAUGCUAAUCAAGUGUUAAAAACAAACAAAUCAGCUACUGUUAUAGCAAAAGUACCGGCUAUAUUAGUUGCUAAAGAAUUAUCAGAUAUUGUUAUUUAUACACAAGCAAUUAAAUUUCGAGGUUUAAGUUGUUCAGCAGCAUCAAGUGGUAUGACUGGUAGUAAACCAAUUCGAAAAAUUCCAAAACGUAAUAUUCAACAGCUUGUCGCUCAACCUAGUACAACGAGUACUGAAAGUUCUCGAUCGGUUGAUCAAGUUUCUCCUUGCCAUCAAAUUGUAUCAUUAAUUGAAAAUAAAGCGAAAAAAUUAUGUAAAAAUCAAGCCGUCGAUAUGAUUGCCCAUACUGAAACACAACUUGUUCGAUGUUAUCCAAGUGGGUUUCGUGUAGAUUCAUCAAAUUUCAAUCCAUUACAUUUAUGGGUGUAUGGCAUUCAAUUGGCUGCAACCAAUUAUCAAACACUUGAUCCGGGACAAAUUCUUAAUUUAUCUAUGUUCGAGCAAAAUGGUAAUUGUGGUUAUGUUCUUAAACCUAAUAUCUAUUGGGAAAAAGAACAUCCACAAUAUGGUCAUUUUAAUCCAUCGGUAAUCGAACGUGAAGGUCAAUGUUUUGAAUUAACCAUUACUGUUAUCUCUGGUCAAUAUUUAACACAAAAUAUUAGUUCAACAUCAAGUGUUUAUAUUGAAGUUGAACUUCUUGGUAUACCAAUCGAUUGUAUGUCAAGAAAAACAAAGCCAUCUGUUAAAAAUUCACUUAAUCCUAUUUGGCAAGAGACAUUUGUCUUCCAGCUAUUUUUCGUCGAAUUAGCAUUCGUUCGUUUUCAUGUAUACGAUGCUGGAAGUAAUCAUUUAAUGUCUCAACGUGUUAUGCCAUUAAAAUGUCUUCGAGCUGGUUAUCGACAUGUUCGUUUAAGAGAUAUUAGUAAUGCUCCAUUAGAAUUAGCAACAUUAUUUAUUUAUUCAAAAAUGACUGAAACAAUCGUUGUUCGAAAUAUUGAACCAGAUCUAUCAACAUCGAAUACACCACAUUUAUUUCGAAAUCGAAUAUUAAGACGAACAAUUGACCCACCAGAAGCUGUUGCUGCAAGUCGAGAAUCCAUUCGACCAAAACAUAAAACAUUCGAAGUUAAAGUUUACGGAAAAGAAGGACGUGAUGAAGAAUUCCGACCAUUUGCUGUAACACAAUAUACAACUGUUGAAGAACUUAUGGAAAUGAUUGCUAAAGCUAAUGAUUUUCUACAAGUUGGAGAAACAAUCAAGGAUAUCGUUUUAACUGAAUCAUCUAAAACAUGGAAAAAGAAAUCUUCCUCAUCAUCUAAAAACAAUGAUAUAUCACCACGAACAUUAGCCAAACAUGAACGUGUUCUUGAAGUUAUUGAUAGGGUUGGUCGUGAAACAGUGAUUAUGAGUAAAAGAAAAGCACAAACGCAGCAACAAUUACUCCGAUCAACAUUAAUCGAUAAAAAUAUGCAAAAUUGGGAAAACGGUGAUCGAACAUUUCUUGUUACUAUUUAUAAUAUUUCACCUAUACAAAAACAUACAACAUUUCGAACGCCAAUUAAUUCAACUGCUAUUCAUGUUAUAACACAAUUAAUGACAAAAAUUCGUAUCACAGGUAUGCCAAAUGAUUAUGGACUUGUAGAAGAAACCGAUUUAAAUAAAACAAAUGUUACUCGACGUAUACCAAUAAAACGUCGUUUGUUAUCUGAUGAUGAAAAACUAUAUGGUAUUCAAAGUUUAUGGAUAUCGACAAAUUCAAAAUUUGUCCUAGUUAAAAAAGCUGAAUAUUUGGAAUCAAAUAAUAAUAAAGCAUUUUCCGACAAAUUUCUGUUCCGUUCAAUAACAAGACAGAAAUCUAUCGAUCGAGAUUCACAUGAAGAUAUUCAUGUAGAUCAUCCACCGAAACAACGAACAACGAAUACAUUAAACUCAAAUGCAACAUUAAAUGGUACUUUAAUUAAUAAUCGAGCAACGCUUGCAUCAGUACCAUCUAUUCCUAAAAAUCGUCAUAAUAAUAAUAAUAAUAAUAAUAAUAAUAAGCGUUCAUUAAAAACAAUAUUUUCGACAAUUAAAUCAUGA